CCCUCCCGCGGUUGCCAGGCAACCGGGCCCAGACGGCGCGGAAGGCGCCUCGGCGCAGGCGCUGGCGGGCCGGUGAAGAUGGCGGAAGGCGGCGGCGCCGAACCGGGGGAGCAGGAGAGGUCCUCUGGGCCGCGGCCCCCGAGCGCGCGGGAUCUGCAGUUGGCCUUGGCAGAAUUAUAUGAAGAUGAAGUGAAAUGCAAAUCUUCCAAAUCUGAUAGACCUAAAGCUACAGUCUUUAAAAGCCCACGAACACCACCUCAAAGGUUCUAUUCAAGUGAACAUGAAUACAGUGGAUUACAUAUAGUUCGACCUUCAACUGGGAAAAUUGUGAAUGAACUUUUCAAAGAGGCAAGAGAACAUGGGGCUGUCCCUCUGAAUGAAGCCACAAGAGCUUCCGGUGAUAACAAAUCUAAGUCAUUUACAGGUGGAGGAUAUAGACUGGGUAAUUCCUUUUGUAAGCGGUCUGAAUACAUCUAUGGAGAAAAUCAACUGCAAGAUGUUCAGAUUUUGCUUAAACUAUGGAGCAAUGGUUUCAGUUUAGAUGAUGGAGAACUGAGACCUUAUAAUGACCCACCAAAUGCUCAAUUUCUGGAGUCUGUUAAAAGAGGAGAGAUUCCCCUGGAGCUUCAGCGGCUGGUUCAUGGUGGCCACGUGAAUUUGGAUAUGGAGGACCAUCAGGAUCAAGAAUACAUAAAACCUAGAUUGAGGUUCAAGGCUUUUAGUGGAGAAGGACAAAAGCUUGGAAGCCUUACCCCUGAAAUAGUCAGUACACCUUCAUCCCCAGAAGAGGAGAAUAAGUCAAUACUUAAUGCAGUUGUUCUUAUUGAUGAUUCCGUGCCAACGACAAAAAUUCAAAUCAGAUUAGCGGAUGGGAGUCGUUUGAUACAAAGAUUCAAUAGUACACACAGGAUCCUGGAUGUCCGGGACUUUAUUAUACAGUCCCGUCCUGAAUUUGCGACUCUUGACUUUAUUCUUGUGACUUCAUUUCCAAAUAAAGAGCUAACAGAUGAAAGCCUGACACUUCAAGAAGCAGAUAUUCUUAACACUGUGAUACUCCAGCAACUAAAAUAAUACUGCUCCUAUCCAUGCAAUAGCAUGUAGGAAAGAUAAUAUGCCAUAAUAAUAAGGAAAAUACGUAGAGCAUUAAGAAAACAAACUAUUUUUAUUAUUUAUACAGAUAAAUUUCGGUUUUAUUCUUAUUCCGUCUUCCAGCCUUAGUAUAGAUGAAUUUGGACCAGGAAUAGAUUUUGAGAUAAAUAUAUUUGAGUUUUUAGUUGCAGGGCUGGUUUAUGUUGAUAGCUUGUAAAUAUUCAGGCAAACCAAUUUGUUACAUGCUCUGGGUUAAUGUAACAACAUUUGUUUGCAGAGGAAAUGAACAGAACCCCAUUUUGAUAAAUGCAUUUGGUAAAAUUUGCACUAAAGUUUCUUGAUGGUGCAUUGAUCAACAGCUAUCAGGAAAUCCUCUGAUCAAAUUGGAAUUUUUUCUGUGAUAUAUACUGAAAAGUAUCUGUAUUCUAAUUUUGAAAUACGUUGAUCAUAUAAUUAUUCCUCCUAUUAAGAUUGUAUGUGUCCUUUUUACUUACUGAUUUAGCUACAUUACUAGUGUCAAAAAAUAUGGUUUGGCCUUAUAUUUUACAGAACUAUGACCAUCAUAAACCAGAAACAAGGACAGAAAAGUCAGCAGUUCUUGAGAAGAUCUGUUAAACAGCACUUUAAAAUAGAGUAAUUGCAAUCCCUUCCAGAGCCUGCCUUGAUCACAUUCAUUUAUUUAUUCAACACAUUUUUCUAAGGGACCCACUAUAUAUACUGAACACUGUUCUAAGUGUUCAACCCAGAAUGUAUUCUACUCCAGGGCAAAAUGAGUGUAUAAAUUCAGAAAUGUAAAUUCUGUCAGCCAGACUGGAUCUAAAGAAUAACCAGCAAAAAUAUUUGCAUUUCUGCCAAAGCCAGGUAUUUCCUGAAUGAGGUAGGCUAUAUCAGGAAUGAUAGGCUUUUUCUUCCUCCGAGAUAACAUUUCAUCUUUGGUCACAUGCCUGGUAGUCUUUCUGUAGCUGCUGUAACAAAUUACUACAAACUUAGUGGCUUAAAAUAGCAGAAAUUUAUUAUUUUCUGAUUCUGUAGGUUGGAUGUCCAACAUGGCUCUCACUCGCUAAGAUAAAGCAUUGACAAGGCUGUAUUCCUUCUGAGAGGCCCUAAGGGGAGAAUCAUUUCCUUGUGUUUCCAGCUCCUAGGGGCCACCUGCAUCCCUUGGCCUGUGGCCCCCUCUUCCCAUAUUCAAAGCCAGUAAUAUUACAUCUCUGAUUCUUCUCUGUCAUCACAUCUCUUUGACACCAGCCAGGAGAAGUUCUCUGCUUUUAACAACUCAUGUGAUUGGAUUGGGCCCACCAGAUAAUUCAGGAUUAUCUCCCCAUCAUCAGGUCUAUAGUAACCUUAGCUGCAUCCUUCAAGUCCCUUUUACCAUGCAAAGUGAUACAUCACAGAUUCCCUCAGGAGGCUCCAGGAAUGAGUCUGUUCUUUGCCUCUUCCAAGGCUGUUCGCAUCCCUUCACUCUAGCUGCAUCCCUCCAAUCUCUGCUUCUGUCCUUACAUCUUUUACUACCAACUUUAUUUCUCCUGCCUUCUUCUUACAAGGACCCUUGUGGUUACAUUUGGUUUACCUAGAAUAAUUACCAGAAAAAUCUCAUCUCAAAAUGCUUAACUUAAUCACGUUGGCAAAAUCCUUUUCCUUUUGAGGUCACGAAUUUACAGGUAUGGUGAUUAAAACAUGAAUAUUUUGGAGGCCAUUCUGACUACUCAGUCCACUCCUGCCCCCAAAGAUUCACAUCCAUCCCACAUAAAGUCACCCCAUCCAAAGAUGGUCAAAAGUGUCAACCCAUUAUAGCAUCAAAGUGCAAAACCUUAUCUGAAUCUCACCAGCUAUAAAGUCCCAAACCUCAUUUAAAUCAUCUAAAUCAAGUGUGAGUGUGGGUUUGGGUUCUAUGAUUCCUGGGACACAGUUCCUCUCCAUCUAUGUACCUGCAGACCUAGAAAACCAGUUAUCUCCUCCCAAAGAUAAUGGUAGGACAGGCAUAGAAUAGGGUUGGUAGACAUUCCUGUUCAAACAAACAAAACAGAAUGCUAAAGGGAGCCACCCGUGCCAAGAUUUAGAAAGCCAUGCACACUCCAUUAGAUGUCAAAUCGUGGGAACAAUCUCUGGCCCGCAGCACUAUCUCCUAGGCUUGUGAUGUCCUCUCAGGGUCCUCUUUCCUGUUUCAUGAAAGGUAGCACCUGUUUGCAGCUGAGUAGUUUUCUCAGCUUGUUGCUUACCUAUGGAAUUGUGGGAAGUCCAGCCAUCUUUCAUUUCAUACCAUCUCCGUCCUUUUCAAUUUAAGGUAGCAAUGGCUGCUGGUUUAACAUUUCCAGAAACUUAGGGAUCUUGUGUGCCUGUUAGGAGGAUUCAGUUCUUUAGGAGGAUUCUAGAGGCCCCUGCACAAAGCAUUCCUAGGUAAUCCCAUCUCUAUUUUGGGCUUUUUCUGAGAGGGCUGAGAGGAUCUACGAGUCACACCCUUUAUCUCUUCAAAGAACCUGUGGUGUGACAAACAACUCAGGCCUUCCUUAGAUAUUAGCAGAAGGUUGUGUAGCUGCACCCUCAUCUCUCCCUAGAGCUGGCUUCCCUGACCGUGAAUCCCUUACUUGGAAUGUCCUUUGUCAUUUGGGUAGGCUAAGAAUUUCCAAGUCAUCGAGUCCUGUUUUCUAUAUAUUUAACAGUUCUUUCCUCAAUUCGUCUAUCUCCACUCACAUUGUACUAUAGCCAGCAAGAAGAAAGCAGGCCGCACCUGCACACUUGGCUUAGAAAUCUCUUCAACCAAAUAUAUUAAGUUUAUCCCUUACAACUUCUGCUUUCCACAUAACUGCAAACACGUUGCAGCUAAAAGCUUCUUGCCACUAACCAGAAUGUCUUUGCCUUCACUUUCCAACGGCAUGUUCCUCAUUUCCUACCAAGCCCUCAUUGGCAGCACCUUUAGUCUUCUUUUUUCUUCUAACAGUCUGUUUCUGACAAUUUACAUGAUCUCCGUGGCAAUUUAGGUGCUCUCUACCCUGCUCUUUCCUUCCUUCGGCCCUCACUAGCGUUAACAUCCAUAGAUCUGCUAGCAGUGCUCAAGGCAGUCCUGCCUCUUUCUGCCAUGCUCCUAAAAGUUCUUCCAACCUCUACCCACUGCCUCGUUGCAAAGCUAUGCCCUCAUUUUUAGGUGUUUGUUCCAGCAGCGCCCCAUAUCCAGGUAUCUGGGAAAGUCUACUAUGCCUUUUCACUGCCACUUGACUUGAAUGUGCCAAGAGGAGAUUUGGAAUUCACCUUUCUCUGGGGGCGCUGCUUACUUCAGGGAGGUGAGUUGACCUGUGGUAGAGUUUUCCUACUAGCAGUGCUAUCAGAACUCCCACAGGAUGGAAGUGUAGAUCUCACCAUCGCAGAGAAGCUUGUUCUCAGUGUCACAGCACAGAGUGAGAAGAGUAUUCCUAAUAACAGGAAGCCAUGCGCCUCUCCUCCAGUUGACAACUUGGAGAAUAUAUAAAGAAUAGCAGUUCAAAAUGUUACCGAGGAUAAACUACAUUUUCAUAGGAGCGAAGUCAUCUUCCUUAGGAAAUACUCUCUUGAAACAAAUGACCAUUUUAAAUAAAAGGGCACUGCCCUAUUUUGGGUUAACAAAAUGGGGUGAGGGGAUUAACCAAACCCUAUAAAAGUAUUUGAAAUGUUAUUCCUGUAGUUUCUUUUUAUCGUUUAGAUGGAGUGCCUGUAGAUGCACAUGCAAAAGCUACUGCCAUUUUUGUAUAUGAUAGUCUUCCAAAGUGUAGACAUUUAUAUUAGGAGGGAGAAUUAAACAUUCAGAACAAUACUUUCACAUGUACUACAUAGUGUUUUGCUUCGUUAGCGUCGUCUUCCUGAAUUCUUAUUACUAUUGAAGUCACUGUAACUUAUAAAAUUUAUAAUCAUCCCAAAAAGAUUAUGUUACAAUGAGCAGGUAGACAACCAUGUGUGAGGUCAAUUGUUUUGCAUGACCUAUGUAAUCAAAAAGUUUUAAGUGUCUGCUUUACCAAUAAAGAACGUUUUCACUGAAA